AUGAGUCCCCAGCCAUUUGACUCGACUACAACCACACCUCGCCUCAGCAUGGAACAACACGGUUCCAUCGAGCUAGGCGUCACCAACACUGUUCAUGAUAAGAGCGAAACGGAUGUCGAGGACGCGAUCGAUACCCUACAAAAGCCCGAUGACUCCAGCAAAGUCUCCAACCUUGUGGACUGGGAUAGCAAAAAUGACCCCGAGAAUCCCCAGAACUACAAUAAUCGGCGCAAAUGGAUCAUCACAUUGACUAUGUCCUCCAUGACAGUCUGGAUCACCUUUGCAUCUAGCGUCUUUUCCGCUGCAACUCUAGUUACUGCGAAGGAAUUCAAUGUGUCGACUGAAGUAAUGGUUCUCGGUACCAGUCUGGUUGUCUUUGGUUUUGCUCUAGGCCCCCUGUGCUGGGCACCAUUGAGUGAGCUGUAUGGUCGUCGCAUCCCGCUAUUCUCAGGAUAUCUCAUCUUUGCCAUCUUCCAGAUCCCCGUAGCUGUCGCCAAGAACAUCGAAACUGUUCUGGUCUGCCGGUUUUUCGUUGGUCUAUUUGGCUGCUCUCCUUUGGCGGUUGUUGGCGGUGCCAUGGCUGAUAUCUGGAAUCCCGUGGACCGCGCUGUAGCUAUCGCCCUAUUCAGCUCGGCUACUUUCAUGGGACCUGUUCUUGGUCCAAUUGUUGGGGGCUUCCUCACAGAUUCACAUCUUGGUUGGCGCUGGACUGCAUGGAUCACCCUAAUUGCAUCCGGCCUCUUCGGUUUAAUUGCUUUCUUCGUCGUUCCCGAGACAUACGGCCCAGUCAUCCUGCAAAAGAGAGCUGCCCGUCUUCGCAUCGAAACUAACAACCCGGCCCUCCAUUCCUUCUUGGAUCAACACAAGCCCACAGUGUCAGACAUCGUUACCAAAUACCUCUUACGGCCCUUUCAGAUGCUUGUGCAAGAGCCAAUCCUGCUCGCCAUGACUAUUUACCUUGCUUUAGUUUACGGAAUCCUCUACAUCUUCUUCGAGGCCUACCCAAUCUCUUUUGGUGAAGUCCGCGGUUGGACCCACGAAGGCGUAGCUGCCCUCCCAUUCAUCGGCAUUCUAAUCGGUGUCUUUCUCGGUGUCUGUCUCAUCGUAUACACCACGAAGACUCGUUUUGCGCGCAAAUUCGCAAAGCAUGGCAAAGUCAUUCCCGAAGAGCGCCUCGUACCGAUGAUGAUCGCCUCUGUGUUACUGCCAAUCGGUUUGUUCUGGUUCGGCUGGACUUCCAGCCCCAAUAUCUCAUGGGUGCCACAGGUCAUUGCUGGCGUGCCUAUCGGCCUGGGUAUCCUGGUUAUUUUCAUGCAGGGUCUCAACUACAUUAUUGAUGUGUACAUGAUGUUUGCCAACUCUGCUAUCGCGGCAAAUACUCUCAUCCGCUCAGCACUGGGUGGCGCUUUCCCACUCUUUGCUACGCAAAUGUACCGGAACCUCGGUGUAGCUUGGGCAUCGAGUGUUUUGGGUUUCAUUACUUUGGCUAUGAUUCCCAUUCCUAUUUUGUUCUUUAUCUAUGGUGCUAGAAUUCGCGCUAUGAGCAAGUUCAGCCCUAAGUUCUAA